AUGGCGCGUUUCUCCAUCCCGACCAAAGGACGCCUGUCGUCAGAUGUGCGACUUCCGCCGUCUAAUCUGGCGGUCCAGAAAAUCUUAAGCCGCCUAUCUCGCCCUUCUUUGUUAUUUUUGGCUCUUGAGUGGUUGAAUGACGACAAUGCCCAGCUGUGCGCACCACUUCUGGGUGAAGAGGACGACGGUGACGGAUUUUACCCCCCGGCCUCGUCGAUAGAGGAAUUGCGGGCUGUCUAUGCGGACCUACAGCACAGAAAGGGGUCCAAGAGAGAGGUUCUUGAUCGCAUCACCGAAGGGGACUGGCAGCAUGGUCUGACCCUGUACCAAAUGGCCCUGGCGGACGCUCAGUAUCUCCAAGAUCAUCCCACAUCACAGAAAUGGACCGCCUAUCGCAUCGCACCGCUCAAAGAAACCUCGUAUUUGGAUGACGAGGAACAACCUCACGAAGUCGACAAGGAGUCCCUGAUCCUCCCUCGGUUUCAUCCGUCUUCCUUCAUCCAAAGCCUCCAGGCCCAUGUCUUACCCGACGUUAAAGCCCAUUACCACUUUCACCGGCCUCAAGGGCUUGCUCUCUCAAUACUGCGCAUCUUUCUCGUCGAGUCCCCUUAUAGCACGAGCAUGACACAUCUAAGCAGCGGCCUCCCACCAACGGACUCUAACUUUGACAGCUCACGGACGCUCUAUGUUGCCUUCCCCGACGCAUCACCCUUCGUCUAUCUAUCAAAAUCACAAGCCGUGGGCUCACUAGGAGCGAACGAGUCCAAGAGUUUCCGCAGCUUGGUUGUAGAGGGCAUACCAAAGGCUCUUUCCCGGCCGCGGGAAAGGUAUACUCUCAAACCCACCAAUAUAUCAACCAAGAAUCUAGAUGCGCUGUUGCAUGUUAGAGGCGUUGGGCGGACAAAUGCGGCCGGUGGAGGGUGGGGCAUCUACGCCGAUAAGAAGAAGAACGAGUCACCGCUUGAUUCCAUUCUACCAACUCCGCCACUAUCAGAGGAAUCGUCAGACGAUGCCGUGGAGUCUGCCACAAAGCCAAACUCGAAACGGAAAGCGGAUGGCCCCGACGACGCCAAGAAGUUUGCUAAAAGAGCUCGGCUGUGUGCACAGGCGAGGUUCGGAGACACGGCCAAAAUCGACGACGGCUUGGGCAUCGAGCGUGUUGAUAUCGUCAUUGAAGAUCCGUUUCCUAACAGCUCUCAGAGUGUUCCAAUGGGCACCGAGCGAGGUCCUGGAGAUGAGGCAGACGCCGGGACGAGUAAGCCAAAAGGUGGCCGGAGGAGCAACGCUGAGAUUUCUUUCGAAGACGAUUCGGACGCCGGGGAGAAUCGGCCCCGUCCCGAUGCCUCAAUCUGGGUACCGAACGUGAAGCUAACGUUUCAUGGGCCCCAUGUGUUUGCUGGCAUACGGCAGUUGGUAGAGAACGGUAUCAUCGCCGGAGAGCGGAUGCCGGGGUGGCUGACGGGCGAAGAGGGCGUGACUGUGGGGGCCGUCAGACAUGGCAGGAUCCGGGGGCACAAGGGCUCCGGUUUAUAA